GUCCACAGCAAUACGCAAACAAAAGGCAGUCCAGUCCAGUCCAAUAAACGUAGGCCCAAAGUAACUGUAUGUAUUGUAUAACCGUUUGUACCCUAUGCAUGAAAACUUGUACUGUAACAAAAACCUCAUUUAUCAACACAAGUAUUCAAAGAGAGUGAAUAACUGUCACUUACCAGUUACCAAUGGCGUCAAUCGCCAUGGAUUCUUCAUCAUCGGCGUCGCUCCUACAUCCUCCUCCGGUGGUUCCGAUGAAGCUUCAUGCAGAAAACCGUGAAAAACUGUUGAAACAUCUCCGUGAAUACCUGAAUUCAUCAUCUCGUCCUUUAAAAGGAUUUGUACUUCUUCAGGGAGGAGAGGAGCAAACUCGUUACUGUACUGAUCACGAGGACUUAUUUAGGCAGGAAAGUUAUUUUGCAUACUUGUUUGGAGUGAGGGAACCUGGUUUCUAUGGAGCUAUUGAUGUAGACAGCGGGAAAUCGAUUCUUUUUGCUCCGAGAUUGCCUGCUGAGUAUGCCGUUUGGAUGGGGGAAAUAAAGCCGUUAUCAUAUUUUGAAGAAACAUACAUGGUUAGCAAGGCAUAUUACACCGAUGAAAUAACGCAAGUCCUUAAUAAUCAAUACCAGGGAUCUGGAAAACCCUUGUUGUUUCUUCUACAUGGGUUGAAUACUGAUAGCCAAAACUUCUCUAAACCAGCAGAAUUUGAGGGCAUUGAGAAGUUUGAGACAGAUCUUAAGAUCUUGCACCCUAUUUUGGCCGAAUGCCGUGUCUUAAAGUCAAAGUUGGAACUUGCUGUAAUCCAGUAUGCCAAUGAUAUAAGCUCUGAAGCUCAUGUUGAGGUAAUGAGGAAGAUCAAACCUGGAAUGAAAGAGUAUCAGUUGGAAAGCAUAUUUCUUCACCAUACCUAUUUUUACGGCAGUUGCAGACAUUGUUCAUACACUUGUAUUUGUGCAACUGGAAACAACAGUUCUGUACUUCAUUAUGGGCAUGCAGCAGCUCCAAAUGAUAGGACAUUCCAAGAUGGUGAUAUGGCAUUACUGGAUAUGGGAGCCGAAUUCUGUUUUUAUGGUUCUGACAUAACCUGCUCCUACCCUGUAAACGGGAAAUUCACAAGCAAUCAGCGUCUUAUUUACAAUGCUGUUCUUGAUGCUCAUGAUGCUGUUAUAUCUAGCAUGAAGCCAGGAGUAAAUUGGGUGGAUAUGCACAAAUUGGCAGAGAAAAUCGUUCUUCAGGCGCUGAAGAAAGGAUCCCUCCUUGUUGGUGAUGUUGAUGAAAUGAUGGUUGAACGAUUGGGUUCUGUUUUCAUGCCACAUGGGUUGGGACACCUCAUGGGACUUGAUACCCAUGAUGUUGGUGGUUAUUUACAGGGAGCGGAAAGACCCGAAGAACCAGGAUUAAGUUCCCUACGCACAAGUAGAGAUCUCUUGGAAGGAAUGGUGAUUACGGUUGAACCCGGAUGCUAUUUCAUUGAUGCAUUGCUGCUUCCGGCCAUGGAAUCCGCAAAAACAUCAAAGUUCUUCAAUGGUGAAGCAAUUGCCAAAUUUAGAGGAUUUGGUGGAGUUAGAAUUGAGAGCGAUCUGUAUGUUACCGCGGAUGGUUGUUUGAAUAUGACAAAGGUUCCUAGGAAAAUCGAGGAUAUUGAAGCUGUGAUGGGCGGUGCACCAUGGCCAAUCAAGAAAUCUAUGAACGAUUAUGAAAAUGGUGGAUCUUUACAUGUAAUCAAUUAGCAGAUAGAAAGGUAAUAUGGAUGUUUGUUUAAAUCUAUGUUAGGUAUGGCAUUUUACUGUUUCUGUUGACCGGUUUUGGUCCAAAAUACAUUUUCUAUGUCCAAGACUGUUGAUUGAUACCUUUAACCUGGUAAAGUGCAACUUACACCGAGCAGGUGACCUUUAA